CUACCCCUUGACAUCAUCUCCCCCUGCCAUCACCUACCUGCAGUAUAUUACCUCCCAAUCCAAACUCAAACCAACCAGGGAAACACCCACCCCACAAGAAAAUUGAGCUCGAACCAAAUCUUUACCUUCUCUUUCCCUCCCUGGAAAACCUCUGAUCUCCCUUUCUCAAAAGCCAAACACCGAUGGAGCCCCAACAAGACCACCAAGAAUUCAUUUUCCGGUCAAAGCUCCCUGAUAUUUACAUCCCCAAACACCUCCCACUUCAUACUUACUGCUUCGAGAACAUAUCGCAGUUCAAAGACCGUCCUUGUAUUAUCAAUGGAGCCAACGGUGUCACGUACACUUACGGAGAGGUGGAGCUCACAUCACGUAAAGUUGCUUCCGGCCUCGACAAGCUGGGUAUCAAACAGGGAGACGUGAUCAUGAUUUUGCUCCAAAACUGUCCCGAAUUCAUGUUCGCAUUCCUCGGUGCCUCGUACAUGGGCGCAGUGGUAACGACUGCUAACCCAUUUUACACGCCAGCUGAGAUUGCAAAACAAGCACAGGCAUCAAACUCUAAACUCCUUAUUACUCAAGCUGCGUAUGUUGAAAAGGUGAAAGACUUCGCAAAAGAAAACGACGUGAAGAUCGUGUGCAUUGACUCUCCACCGGAGGGCGUGUUGCAUUUCUCCGAGUUGACACAGGCCGACGAGAAAGAUAUUCCGGCCGUGAAAAUCAACUCUAACGAUGUCGUGGCGCUUCCUUAUUCGUCAGGGACAACAGGGCUUCCCAAAGGGGUUAUGUUAACGCACAAGGGAUUGGUCACGAGCGUGGCACAACAGGUCGACGGUGAAAACCCCAACUUGUACUUUCAUAGCGAGGACGUGAUACUGUGCGUAUUGCCGCUGUUCCAUAUCUAUUCGUUAAAUUCAGUUUUCCUCUGCGGACUUCGUGUUGGAGCGGCAAUUCUAAUUAUGCAAAAGUUCGAGAUUGUAAAAUUGCUGGAGUUGGUUCAGAAAUACAAGAUUACGGUGGCACCUUUUGUUCCACCGAUUGUCUUGGCGAUAGCUAAGAGUCCCGACCUCCAUAACUACGACGUCUCGUCGAUCCGAACAGUGAUGUCAGGAGCUGCACCGAUGGGGAAGGAGCUAGAGGAUGCAGUCAGACUAAAGCUUCCUAAUGCCAAACUUGGACAGGGCUAUGGGAUGACAGAGGCUGGACCAGUUCUUGCAAUGUGUCUGGCAUUUGCUAAGGAACCCUUCGAGAUUAAAUCUGGGGCUUGUGGGACCGUCGUAAGAAAUGCCGAGAUGAAGAUAGUUGACCCCGAGACUGGUGCUUCGCUUCCCCGAAAUCAAGCCGGAGAGAUUUGCAUCAGAGGUAGCCAGAUCAUGAAAGGUUAUCUUAAUGACCCGGAGGCUACGGAGAGGACCAUAGACAAAGACGGAUGGUUGUACACCGGCGAUAUUGGAUACAUCGACGGUGAUGACGAACUCUUUAUUGUUGACAGAUUGAAGGAAUUGAUCAAGUACAAAGGGUUCCAAGUAGCCCCCGCCGAGCUGGAAGCAAUGCUGAUCGCCCAUCCUAACAUCGCCGAUGCCGCUGUUGUCCCCAUGAAAGACGAGGCUGCAGGGGAGCUUCCUGUCGCAUUUGUUGUGAGGUCAAAUGGUUCCAAAAUCAGUGAGGAUGACAUCAAGCAGUAUAUCUCAAGACAGGUUGUAUUUUAUAAGAGAAUCUACCGGGUUUUCUUCACAGAUGCAAUUCCUAAAGCUCCAUCGGGCAAAAUCUUAAGGAAAGACUUGCGGGCGAGAGUCGCCGCAAAUUAGCACCCGGCCCCAAGUAGAAAAUAAAUACAGGGUUUGGAGGGGACGGGAGAGAAAUGAAAUAUGAAAGCCAAUUAUAUUUUUACAAUGUUGAUUUUUUUAAUGCCUAAUCUGUAAUAUAUAUCUGUUGCUCUGUGGGAGGAACAUUUGUUUACGUAGAUAUAUGAUGUUAAUGUUAUGGACAACCGAAUAAAAAGACUUUAAGAAUUAAAAGAAAACGAUUUGUGUUCAAUGUUCA